UUUUAUUGGAUGUUGUAUUUUGGAGAACAUAACUGAUUUUCUUGACUUUGGCUGAUGAGCAGAGCUGAGUGGACACAACAGUGAGGUCACAGCAGAGAGAGGAGAGAACCAGCGAUGAGUUUUAAAGCAGCAGCAAGUGGAUUUGUUGUCCUCCUUCUCUUUGUAUCAGUGAUACAGGGUCAGAAUGUCUGGGGAGUGACUUACACCUCCACUGAGAUCUGUGCCUUAAAAGGAACAACAGUGGAAAUACGCUGCAGCUACAGAUACCCAUCCAGAAUAAAUGGCCGUGCUACUACAGUUGAGAAAACAUUCUGGUUUACCAAAAUGAAUGGACCUGUUCCUGUGGAUCUGACAACAGACCCACAGUAUUCAGGUCGUGUGCAGGAUCACUGUGAAAACAACAACUGCACUCUAAAAAUCAAAGACCUGAGAGAGAGCGACUCAGCUGAGUACAAGUUCAUGUUCAUCACAAACCAGCCAGGUGGGAGUUCAACUGGUUCACCUGGAGUCACUUUGUCUGUCACAGAUCUUAAGGUGAACUUCAACUUCGGAAGCUCUUCUCCUGUCUUAUGUCGGAGCAGUUGUCAUCUACCUGGUAAUUAUUCCUACAUCUGGUACAAGAAUGGACAGAAAAUACCUGAAGAAACGUCGUACUCUUAUCAAGGCAGCGUUGAUUUAUCGUACAGCUAUUCCUGUGCUGUAGGAGGAUAUGAGGUUUUCCCUGCUCCUUCAGACUGUCAGUGGCAGAAUCCCUCACAGCCUGAGGACCUUAGUAAAGACUCCCAGUUUGCAGGUCGUGUUCAGGUCAUUGACACAGAGAGAGGACGCUCCACCCUGAGAAUCACUGACCUGAGAGAGAGCGACUCAGCUGAGUAUCACUUCAAAUUCACAUCACCAAGCUUUGAAUGGAGGAGUAGUUUACCUGGUACAACUCUGACUGUCACAGAACUGAAACUGUUGCACUGA